AUGUAUGGCCAAAAUUAUUAUAUCCCGGAAAGCUUUUAAAAGUCAGCUAUAAAAAGCUCCGAAAUAAUCGACUUUGAAAAGUAGCCAAAAACCGUCGGUGUGGCAUCACUGGCCGGCCUAAACAGCUGAUUUUGCCGCUUGCACGAAAAGAGAAGAAGCAACAAGAAAAAACACCGGUCACUUUUCUCGUAACAUUUUCAAUCGCUCUCGACAAGAUUCCGUGCUUUACGUAACCCACCAAGCAAACGGCGGAGGCUGAUCUCAGCGAAGACAUCAUCUGGCAGGCAGCGGCGCUCUCGAGUUUCGAGUGAUUCACCCACGCUCGCAGCGGCGUGCAGAAACCGGAACCUAACGCAAUGUCGCGAUCCGCUCAAGACAUAGCAGCGCUGCUGCGCGGCCUGCGUCUGGUGGCGGAGGCAUGUGGGCGCGAUCAGCUCGCCCACGGUCGUCACCUAUGGAGCAAUUCGAGCAUACGCGACCUGGUCGUUGAGAAUGCCACACAGACGGCGGAUUCGUUGCGCAAAACUGGCCAAAAUCCCACCGAGGAGCUAAAGAGACUGCAGCAGGCGGUUGUGGAAACGGGAGAGCGUGGCUACGUUGUGGCCAAGGGAUUGUGUUCACUGCUGGAGGCUCAAGUGAAGAUGUCGCAACGUGAAGAAAGCUCUGCUUCGGCACAGAAAACAUCAACAUCAUCAUCAUCAUCAUCAUCAUCAGCGUCAGCGUCAGCACCACCGCCAGCUGGAACACCUGGCGUUCGUUCCGAUUGGGAUGCUGCCAACUUGGAUAUAUCCUCCAUAACGCUGCAGGAGUUCGAGGAGAUCUUGCAGCGACGCCACAAGGAUCGCACUGUUAGCCUGCGUACGCCUGCAACCAAAACCAGUCAGAGUCAAGCCCAGAAGAGUCCAGAGGAAGCUCCCAAGGAGUCGCUAAAGAAACCCAGCGAGGGACUCAUCGAUCAGGACACACAGUAUGUGGAUAAUGUAUUGCGCUUUGUGGCCGGCGCCCAGCCUAAGACCAAGAAGAAUGCCGCCAGCGUCGCUGGAGCUCAACCAGAACCUAUUGAUGUGCCCGAACUGAGCAAGGUGGCCAAGCAGCGUAAGGUGCCCUCAUCUCGCCUGGGACGCAUGGCUUCCUUUGGCGGCCUAUUCGCUGGCCUGGGCAUUGGCACCCUCAAUGAGCUGACCAAAGGAGCCCUGGGAUUGGGCGGUUCCACCAGCAUGCGCGAGGCGCUCCUCAGUCCCGCCAAUGCCGAACGCAUUGUGGAUACACUCUGUAAAGUACGUGGAGCUGCUCUCAAGAUUGGACAAAUACUGAGCAUUCAGGAUUCGAGUGUGGUGUCACCGCAGCUGGCCAAGGCCUUUGAGCGUGUACGACAGGCUGCAGACUAUAUGCCCGACUGGCAGGUGGAACGUGUAAUGAACACACAGCUGGGACCUGAGUGGCGUCAGCGUUUGAGUCGCUUCGAGGAUAAACCCUUUGCCGCUGCCUCAAUUGGACAAGUGCAUCGUGCCACCCUAGCUGCCAAUGGCAUGAAUGUGGCCAUUAAAAUCCAAUAUCCCGGCGUGGCCCAGAGCAUUGAGAGUGAUAUCGACAAUCUGGUGGGUAUGCUCAAGGUGUGGGAUGUCUUCCAAGGAUUCUUCAUCGACAACGUAGUGCGUGUGGCCAAAAGGGAGCUGCAGUGGGAAGUGGACUACGAUCGAGAGGCGGAAUAUACAGAGAAGUUCCGUGAGAUGAUCUCACCCUAUCCGGAGUACUAUGUGCCGCAGGUGGUGCGUGAGUUGACCACAUCGAGUGUACUCACCACCGAACUGGUGCCGGGCGUUCCCCUUGACAAGUGCUUUGACCUCAGCUACGAGCAUCGCUCUCACAUUGCUGCCUCCGUGCUGAAGCUCUGCCUGCGGGAACUCUUCGAGAUUGAGUGCAUGCAAACGGAUCCAAAUUGGUCCAACUUCCUCUACGAUGCUCCCAGCCGCCGUCUCAUGCUGAUUGACUUUGGUUCAACGCGGUUUUAUCGUCACGAAUUCAUCCGGAAUUAUCGCCAGGUGAUUAUGAGCGCUGCGGAUGACAACAGGCAGGGCGUCCUGGAGAUGUCACGUCAAAUGGGAUUCCUUACCGGCUACGAGACAAAGCAAAUGGAGCAGGCUCAUGUGGAUGCGGUUAUGAUUCUGGGCGAGAUCUUCCGGUAUGAUGGUGAGUUUGAUUUUGGUAAGCAAAAUACCACCGAAAGGCUGGCCGCCUUGGUGCCCACCAUGGUGGCACAUCGUCUGUGUCCACCGCCCGAGGAGAUUUACUCCAUACAUAGGAAGCUAUCGGGUAUAUUUCUACUUUGCGCCAGAUUAAAUGUCCGUCUUAAUUGUGUGCCCUUCUACAAGGACAUUGUGCUGGGUAAAUUCAAGGACUAACUUUUGAUGGGGGAGUGGGAAUUUUGCUGAAUAAUGUUAUUUCAUAAUUAUUUUCUUGUUACGUUAUUAAAAAAAAAAAUAAAUCGUAAACGAUGUAAUGCUUAGUGCCUUGUAAACAUAAAUGUAAAAUAAAAAUUAUUAGAUAAAAAACAGUUAACAAAUGUAAACACGUUUAAACAAGACCAAAAGCUUGUAAAUAUAAAAAGAUUAUUAUCAUUUGCAUAUUUGAACUAU